AAAAUACCCAGCUCUCUUAAAAAGACCCUAAAAAUUUGAAGAAAUUUUGGAUGCAAUUCAAUGAGGUUAGCCUAGAGGCUGUCGAAACAGAGAGGGCGAUGUAGGUUAGGCUUAGGUCGACGCGAGAGAGAGAGAGAGAGAGAGAGAGAGAGAGAGAGAGAGGAUGAGGUUGAUAGAUUGAGACAGGUGAUCGAGCGAAGAGAUGAUACCAGACGAGAGAGAGAUAGAUGAAGUGACGCCGACGUUGUCGCCGAUAGAGCUGAGAUAGGGAGAGACGAAUCGAUAGAGUAGCUGAGGUCGAGAGAGUGAUAGGCGACGAGUGAGAGUUAGGCUUAGGUCAGAGGAAGGAAGAAAGAAGAAGACUGAGAGAGAGAUAGUCGUGUAAGUGAGGUGAGGGUACGGGAAAACCAAGCAAACGUCGCGCAGGAACGAACCACAAACGUUCGACCAUGUCUAUGGAAGUCACCGAUACAAACCUAAUCACCGACCUACAAUCCCUGGUCGACUCCCUCCAGCACAGAGUUCAGGAACUAGAGGCUGAGAAUGCCAAGUUUUCAUCUCAACUUGCAAACUGUCACUGUCAUGAGAAAGAGGACAAGCGUGAUAGUUCUGCUGUAAGUUGUGAUAGUUCACUGGAGACAAGCAGGAAAUCAAACUCUGGAAGUAAGAAGACCACCAAGGAGAUAGUAAAAGAGAAAGUGCCAGGUUAUGACACAAGGAUCAUGAAUCACCACUGCAAGAGAUAUGUUGCUCUGAAAGUCAUGUAUUUUGGGCGGAGGUUUUAUGGUUUUGCUGCAGAGGCACAAAUGGAUCCAACUAUUGAGUCUGAAAUUUUUAGAGCUCUUGAAAAGACAAGGCUUUUAGUUGGUGACAAGAAGGAAUCACAUUACUCCAGAUGUGGUAGGACAGACAAGGGAGUAUCUGCUGUUGGGCAAGUGAUCGCUCUCUAUUUACGAUCAAACCUCAAGGAAACAUGCGAGAACAAUGAAGAUUCUAGAAAAAUGGGUUUCAAAGAGCAAUAUGAAGGCGAAAUCGAUUAUGUGAGGGUGUUGAAUCGAGCCCUUCCGGAUGAUAUUCGAGUUUUUGGCUGGUGUCCUGUUCCAUUGGGUUUCAAUGCGAGGUUUAGCUGUUUGGGCAGGGAGUAUUAUUAUUUAUUUUGGGGAGAAAAUCUGAAUCUCUUGGCUAUGGAGAGUGCUGGUAGGAAAUUUGUUGGCGAGCAUGACUUCAGAAACUUCUGUAAAAUGGAUGCACUAAAUGUACACAACUAUAGGCGGAAAGUCACUUCAUUUGCAAUCUCUCCUUGUGAUGUGAGGUUUGAUGAGAACCAGCUUUGGGCAAUCAAAAUUAAAGGUAGUGCUUUCCUCUGGCACCAAGUUCGAUGCAUGGUUGCUGUACUAUUCUUGAUCGGCCAAGGUCAAGAAUCUCCUGAUGUGAUAGAUGCGUUACUGGAUACUGACAGAAUCCCCAGAAAACCUCAAUACAGCAUGGCCCCGGAAAUCCCAUUGGUUCUCCAGUCUUGUGAAUUUGAGGGUCUCAAUUUCACUUGUUCGUCAGAUUCUGGGCAAGCUUUGCGUAUACACUUGGCAAAUGAAUGUCAAAAUUAUCAUCUCGAAGCUGCAAUCUUCCACGAGGCUCUGCAGAGCUGCUCGCCAAUAGAAAAAGAUCAGAGAUCCUUGGAUAAUGGAACAGUCAAGAAAAAAUCUUCCCAUGUCCCUCUCAUGUCACGGCCAACUGAGCCAUCGUAUGAAGAGAGACGUACCAAAUUAAACACACGACGUAAAGACUGAAGAGUUCAUUAAUAUUAUAUCUGGAGAUUACAAAAGUAUAGCAGAUUCUACCAUUGAACUGUAG